AGUCUUUUUUUUACUUUGGAGAUAUGGAAGAGAUUAUAUCUUCUUGUUCUUCUUCAUCACUUGUGCCAAUAAGCCAACAAGACCACCACCAAACGAAACCAACGAUCCAACAACGACUCCAGUUCAUACUCCAAACCCGACCCGAAUGGUGGGUUUAUUCCAUCUUCUGGCAAGCCUACAAAGACGUGACAAUCGGCAGCAAGGGCGACGUUUCGCUGUCGUGGAACGGAGGAUACUUCCGCGGCACUAAAAACGACGUCGCUCGAAAGGGAAAUGACGUCGUCGAAACGGUUUUCGGGUUCGAUUUGGAGAAGAAGGCGAGCACAACGAGCAGGGUCGGAGACAUCCAGGCCCUAUUCGGCAACGACAGCGGUCAGGAGAUGGACGUCGAUGUCCUCUCCGAUAUUGAGUGGUUCUACACGGUGUCACUCUCGAGGACUUUUGCGGCGGAGAGUGGGGCCAUCGGGCGGUCGUUCAGCUCCGGCGCGUACGUUUGGCUGACGGGGAGCGAGGAGCUUUUGUUGUACGAGUGCGAGAGAGUGAAGGAGGCUCGCAUGCAUGGGAUUCAGACCUUGGUUUGCAUUGCGACGCCGAAUGGUGUUCUUGAAUUGGGCUCUUCGGAUUUGAUCAAAGAGGAUUGGAGCCUUGUACAGUUAGCCAAAUCGCUUCUUGGUUCUUCUGGGGUUCCAAUUAACAAUAUUUCUCCGAAUAUUAUCCAAAGGCAGAAUUCUAUCCAAAAUCAGAUCUCAAAUAUUAGAGAUAAUUUUCCUCUACUUGACAUUGGAAUAAUGCCUUCUGGAUCUGGUAGAAACGAGUCCACUCUGGAAGAUCCAAAUAAGCAACCAGAAGAUAUUGCCAAGAAACACGUUGUAACCGGUGGAUCUUCAUCGGAUUCUGGGCCUUCAGACUCCGACGGAUACUUUGCGUCCGCGAUAACUGGAGGCAAUCGGAUCAAGAAGAGAGGGAGAAAGCCGGUGAUUGGCAAUUCUUUGCCGGUAAACCACGUUGAAGCGGAGAGACAACGGAGGGAAAAGCUCAACCACCGGUUCUACGCUCUCCGGUCGGUCGUUCCCAACGUGUCGAAAAUGGACAAAGCCUCUCUACUCGCCGACGCCGUCGUUUACAUCAACGAACUCAAGAGCAAGAUCAAUGAACUGGAGACACAAGUCCACCUAUCGCAAUCGAAUAGACCACUCAAAAUGGGGAUCACAAUGUGUAAUAGUACUCCUAAGUUUGAGAGCCAAAGCACAUACAAUAUUGUGGAACACAAGAGAAAAUAUUCGAGUUAUGGAUCGGUUGGUGCCAUGGAAGUGGAUGUGAAGAUUGUGGGAACGGAAGCGAUGAUCAGAGUUCAGUGCCCGGAUGUGAAUUACCCGCCGGCGCGGUUGAUGAACGCUUUGCGAGAUCUCGAGUUUCAGAUUCUUCAUGUGAGUGUAUCGAGCGUUAAGGAGUUGGUGCUUCAAGAUGUUGUGGUGAGAGUUCCUGAUAGGUUUCCAAGUGAAGAGGCCAUGAGAAUGGCCAUUGUUAGACUAAUGCAGAGCUGAAUUAGUACUACUCUUGGUCAAAAAUUUCGUCAUGAUCAUCAUAAGGUAGAGUUUGCUCAUGUAAUUACUAAUUCUCUCGAUCGUCAGUAUAUUUUAAGAUCAUUGUAGUAUUGUAAUAUGAAGUUUUCCAGUCAUGUGAUUUAUAGUACUACUUGUCAAAUUUCCAUUUUGAUAUAUAGGGUUCCUAUGAAAAGACGUCAUCCUUAUCAUAUGUGUAGUACGCCACUCUUCCUUUAUGUACAAGAAGAGUAUUAAUGUGUAUUUCUUGGUUCACGAUGUGUAUAAUUUUCUUGACCAACGAUAUAUAUAUAUAUA